UGGCCGCUGGGCCUCCUGCACGUGACCCGAGGCGCCUCCUUCUCACUCCCGACCCCGCAGGCAUCUCCGAGUCUGAGGAUGGGUUGGGAGGGGCGGCCGGGGGCCGACCGGCUGAAGUGUCGCUGGAAGAGGCGCUCACGCGCCUUGCGGAGUUCCUCUCCGCCCACCUGGGGGCGGAAGAGAGUUGUGGGCACCCUCCCGACUGGGGCAAGUCCGUGGAGGCCCCCCCACUGUUGACCCUGACCAGUCAGCUCGUGGCCCUUCUGGCAUGGAUUCGGAGCCCCCGGGGGCGACAGGCCCUGCUCCAGGACACUCAGCCAGCCUCAGGGGUACAGCUCUCUGGUCCAGAUGGGCCCCCAUUCCAAGAAGAAAGUCCUUCCCACCCCAGCCCAGCCCCCCGGGAGACACCGAGGGGUGAGGCUCAGGGGCAGCAGUGCCCGCCGUUGGAGGAGGAGCAGAGGGCUUGGCAUCGGCUGGAGCUGCUCAUCCUGGGGCAGUUGGAAGAGCUGAAGCAACAGCUGGAACAGCAGGAGGAGGAGCUCGGGCGGCUGCGCCUGGGUGUGGGGGCGACAGACUCCGAGAAGAGAGUGCAGCAUCUGACUCUGGAGAACGAGGCCCUGAAACAGAGCCUGAGCCUGAUGCAGGAGCUUCUACUCCGUUGGGGGCCGGGGCCCUCCUCCAGGGACCUCCAGCCCCAGGCCGCCUGGAUCCUCCCCGACCAGCAGGAGGAAACGGAGGCCCUGGUGGAGCUCCAGAGGCGGCUCCAGGAGGCUCAGGCCACCACAGAGGCCCUCCGCAUCCAGCUCCAGCAGGAGACAGAGCAGAAUUGCAGGCAGGAGCUGCAGCAGGUGCACGAACAACUAGCAGGACUCCGGGCCCGCAUGGCCAGCCUGCGUCAGGGAUGUGGGGACCUCCGUGGGCUGGUCAGCACCUUCACCCAGAGCUGCCAGGGCUCCCUGAGUGAGGCGCGUGGCCAGGUGUCCUGGGCCCUGGGGGCAAUGUUGGCUGAAGGCGAUGAGAUGCAGCGCCCUGAGGAGCAGCAGGGGCCUCCAAUGAGGGGCCCAGGGCGGCUGCUGGAGCUCAAAGGGAAUAUCCGAGUGCUGUGCAGGCUGCGGCCCGGGCCAUCCUGCAGCCUGGUGAGCACAGAGCCCGGCCCCCGAGGCGUCGUCACCACGUGCUACCGAGGGCGCCAGCGCCGCUUCCGCCUGGACUGGGUCUUCCCUCCAGAUGCCAGCCAGGAGGAGGUCUUCCGAGAGCUCCAGCCAGCUGUGCUGUCCUGCCUCCAAGGGUACAGCAUCUGCAUUUUCACCUACGGUCAGACGGGGACUGGCAAGACAUACAGCAUGGAGGGCCCGCCCGAUGACCCCGGCAUAGCUCCAAGGGCGCUGCAGUCCCUGUUUGAGGAGAUGGGAGCCAGAGGCCAGCACCGAGUGACCCUCAGCAUGGUGGAGAUCUAUAACGAGGCUGUCAGGGACCUCCUGGCCCCAGGGCCUCCCGAGCGCCUGGCCGUGCGGCAGGGCCCAGCAGGGCAGGGGGGAAUCCAGGUGGCUGGCCUCACCCACUGGGACGUGCCCAACCUGGAGACUUUGCACCAGAUGCUGAGCCUGGGGAGGAGCAACAGGGCCACCGCGGCCACAGCAAUGAACCAGCACAGUUCCCGUUCCCACGCCUUGGUCACGCUGACGUUGCGCGCGGCCGCACCGCCGCUCGGUCCGGGCACCACAGGCACGCUGCACCUGGUGGACCUGGCGGGGUCCGAGCGCGCCUGGAAGCCGGGGUCGGCCGACGCGGCCCCCGGAGACCAGGCCCGGGCUCAGCGGCUGCGGGAGGCGCGGACCAUCAACCGCUCGCUGCUGGCGCUGGGGAGCGUCAUGGCCGCGCUGCGCGCCCGCCGGCCCCACGUGCCCUUCCGCGACUCGCAGCUCACGCGCCUGCUGCAGCCCGCGCUCGGUCCCGGCGCCACCGCCGUGCUGCUGCUGCAGAUCUCCACGCGGCCCGGGGACCUCGGGGAGACCGUGUGCUCGCUCAAGUUCGCCGAGCGGGUGGGCCGAGUGGAACUGGGGCCAGCCCGGCGCCGCAGAGUGCCGCGAUCCGGGACGCCCUCCUCCCUCAGCACCGACACCCAGCUCACCGAGACCCCAGGCACUCCCACGCCGCCCCCCCGCAGCCCUCCAAGCCCCCGGCCCGACAGCGGUGCGCGCUCGCAGGGCCCGCCCCCGCAGCCCCGAGCAUGAAGCCUGGACUUGCGCUUCUGCAGGCAGAGGCGGCACAAUGCUCUUCGCACCCGUCUUUUGGGGUGCAACCCCCUUGACUUCUGGGAGCCCCUCCCCCCAGGAGGAGUGUUUAACCUAGAGGAAAGACGCCCGCCCGCCCCCCAGUCGGCCAGUCUUUCAGCUCCCAUCUUAUCACCAUUUGCUGUUAUCCAGAGUCACAGCAGGGCGUCCCUGAGCCACAGCAGCCCGAGCCGGCCAGAGCCCACCAAGCGGUGGCCAAAAUCACCAUCCCUGCCCCCAAAACCCAGACUUCCCGUUAAAAUGUUGUAAGUUCUUUUAUUGUUAUCACGUCCCACCCCCACCGAGCCCACAACAGGCCAGGCUCCGAACCUUCCCCCUCCCUGCGAAGGUGCUACCUCCUUCAGAGAAAGCUGAGGCAGGGUGCUGGCCUGAGCGGUCCCUGGGCUCUCCCUCCCCCAGCCCAGAGCCAGGGAAGGGAGGUGACAGAUGGUGAUUGAUGGGUGGAUGGACAGACGGACUGAGGGCCGAGAGAAGAUGGGACAGGACAGGGCUGCGCCAGGACAAGCCCGCCGUUCCUUUCAGCCUUGCGCCUUGGGGGUGGGGAAAGGCAUGACAGACCACCAGGGCCAGUCAGAUCUGGGCCCAGCUUGGCUGCCACCCUUUUGGGGGCAGGGGGUGUCAUCCAAUAAAUGUGGACUCAA